GUAAGUAUCCUAAUCGAUGUGCGCUGCGGUCCACGUAGCUGCUAUUCCGCUCAAUUAUUCUUCCCUCUUCAAUCCUCGCAAUGAGGUCUCAAAUUGACUGCCGUUCUCUGGAUUUCUGAAGCCUCAAGUCUUCAUAGCAAGGCCCAUUGCGAAUGUCGCGCAACGCGGGAUCUCCGAGGCCCAUGCCUCUGUCGAAUAGACCUGGUGUCGCCGGAGCGCUGUAUCGCUUCUGGCAAAGAUCAUACGCGUCCGAUUAUAUUUCUUUGGGCUUUCUUGCCGUGGGAUGGGUACUGAUACAAAUAACUGCCAAACCUUUCCACCAAAUGUUCACUUUGGAUAACGUCUCCAUCCAACACCCAUUUGCUGUGGUGGAAAGGGUACCUGUCUUAUGGUCUAUCAUAUAUGCCGGAAUCAUACCCCUCCUAAUUCUCUUCGCAUGGGGUAGUAUCUUUCACCCUGGUGCGCAUAAGUUUCACGUAACAGUGCUCGGUCUGCUGGUGGCUCUGACGCUGUCAUCAUUUAUCACUGAUGUGAUCAAGAAUGCCGUUGGCAGGCCACGGCCCGAUCUCAUUUCGCGCUGUAAGCCAGAAAAGGGAACAGCUGAACAUCUACUCGUUACUUUCAAGGUCUGCACUCAGACCAAUCUCCACAUUCUCGAUGAGGGAUGGCGGAGCUUCCCCAGCGGUCAUAGUAGUUUCUCGUUUGCAGGGCUUGGGUAUCUCUCACUCUUUCUCGCCGGACAAAUGCAUGUUCUCCGCCCUGGGACUGAUCUCGGCCGGUUCUUAAUUUCGCUCGUGCCCUUGAUGGGGGCCGCCUUGAUAGCCAUGUCCCGUCUCGCUGAUUAUCGACACGAUGUCUAUGACGUUAGUUGUGGUACACUCCUCGGUCUGGUGGUCGCAUACUUCUCAUACCGACGUUACUACCCAUCACUACGGUCAGUCCAUUGUGAUGUACCGUACAGCAGGUCUGAUGCGGGCGGCUUUGCCAAGUUGGCCGACGAUGAAGAGAGACACAUGCAAGGAAGUCGUCCAAGGUCGCGGGAAUGGGGCUCAGCUGAUGAGACUCAUCCGCUUACGGAGAUAUCGUCUAGUCGCCUCCCAUAAUUAUUGUGCAUAUUUCUACUAGUGGCUUAUUGUUAGAACUAUUAUCAAUAAGAUCUACACACACUGUUUCUCUGAAUCCUGGGAUCCUACAGCUAUCGUCAGUUAUGCUCCGUAUCUAUGCGAGGCUAUAUACUUCCUUGAUGCGUGGCUAUUGUUUCCUACAAUUUAAAGAAAGUCUCUGGCUAACUGCAAAUGCGAAUGAAUACCGAAAUCUUCAGAUGUUCAAUACAUGUUAGCCGUUUGAAUAUGAUCGGUCGUAUACUAGCCCCCGUUUCAGUUGUGGCGGCCACUAAGAUCUUUUAUCACCGUUCUUGGCGUGACCGGGGCAUAUAGG